AUGAAUCCGACAUUGCAACGGCUCAAUGUACGGACUGUGAAAGGAUCCCAGAACAAAAUGUCGAGAGGAUCCCGAAACUCAGAGCGGUUCAGUAGCUCGCCUGUGAGACAAAGCCAAAGUGAAACUGAAGAUGAAAAAUCGACCUCUGCGAAAGCAUCGUCCAGAUUUUCGGGUUCUCCACAGCGUACACCAAUUGAUCCUAAAAUUUUGGAUGAAUCUAAGCUUAAAGACCUUAUUUCUCAAGAAAGUAGUGUGGAAACUCGACCUUCAAACUACGGAAAAAGGAGACACUCUUCCUUGAACAAUGACGGAGGCAUACAGCUGGUCGAACAAGAGGUAGACGAAAACGAUUUACAAGCCACACGUCAAAUGCGCAAUUCGGGGGAAAGCUUACUGGAUGCUAAGAUGUUCGACCUCGACGACGGCACACCGACUUACGAAAGUCCCGGAAAGUCAACACGGAAACUCAGAAAAAGUAGCGCUUUGGUCGCUGAACGAGAAAAGUUUGAUCAUAUUUUGAGUGUGCGGCUUCGAUUUAUGCGAAAUUACAAGGUGCCGCCGGUGUUGUUUGCUGAUGAACUAAUGCAAAAGAUAGAAAAACACCUUUCCGUAGUGGAACAGGUCUUAGGCGGCAAGCAAGGUUCCUUAUUUUACGAUAACGCACGCAAAGCUUAUAAAGGGUCUCAAAAAGCGGUUUUGAGUGUCAGCGAAUUUCGAAAACUCGACCUGAAUCACUUCACAGCAGGAUACUACGGCAUUAAAAGGCAAAUGCGGGUCGCGAUCGAGAUAUUGCACCGCAACAAGCGCCUACUUGAGAGGAAAAAUGGCGAGGUACUGAAGUGGUGGGGGCCGCGAGAUUUUGCUCAGUACGUUCUGGCGCCAGAGGUGUUAUGUGCGCUGUGCCGCGAGGAGAUGCAACUCCAGAGCAUCGAAGAUGCGUAUGAUAUUAUGGAAAACACCACCGAGUUUGGCCACGUAGUCGCAGACGAGGAUCCCUUGGACCAGUGGGACGUGCCUGCGGAAAAUGACAAGCUGCAGAGGCUGGGCCUCGGAAAGGAGUAUUACAGCAUGACAUAUAGACGAGAAUGGCUGGAGCAGGAGAGCAAUAGCGACGACGAGGACUAG